AUGGCCACUGUCUCAACCAAGACUGCAACCCCCGUCAUGCCUCCCACUUUCUCCAUGUCUCAGGACCUCUCCGCAAUCAUGACAGCCACAACCCAAAAGCCAGAAAAAAACCGCUCAAUCCUCAUCGACGGCAUGCCUCCCGCGCCGCCUCCAUCACCCGUCGCUUUCAAAGCAAAGGGCUCCUACGAUAAUAUCCCAAGCUUGAAUUUGGAGUAA